UGGAAACCACUUCCCACCGGAGGCGUUUCUCCUACGAGCAAAUGUGCUUGUUUGUAACCACGGCAACGUCGGUCGACCAAGGCAAAACAAGGUAAUUCCCCAAAAAUUCAAGUAUGACUGCAACAAUGUCCAAGUCUCCUGGGGUUGGCAUGUAUCCCCCAGUAGCAAAACUCAACUUGGCUGCAGACCCCAGGAAGAUGCGCAGGAUCAUUGCAGAAGAUCCAGAGUGGUCCCUCACUAUAGUGCCCCUUUUAUCCAGCCUCUGUCUGCAACACAUAGUGAUAAACUUUGAGGAGAAGCCCAUCCUCGAAGAACUUCUCCCCAGCCACAAAGACUAUGUCCUGGAGAGGCUGUCUCCGUCCCUGCCCCUGCAGGUGACCGCCAACCUGAUCAACGACGAAGGCUACUGGAAGCGCUGCUGCAAACAGCGCUGGGGCCUGUGUGACGUCUCCUCAUACGGCCACAGCUGGAAGCGCAUGUUCUUUGAGAGGCACCUGGAGAACAUCAUCGAGCUCUUCAUCCCUGAUGCCACCGACCCCAAGACAGUGCUGGACAUGGUGCCUCUGUCCCGGAACUACGUCAAGAGGCUGGACAUCUCGCAGCUGCUGCCGCCAAUCAAGGAGCCCCAGAAGUCUGAGGACGACGACAACUCGGACUCGGCCAGCGACAUGGGCAUGGACGGGCCAUCCAUAGACCACUUUGACUUUGGCAUUCUGCUGGACAAGAUGAGCCACCUGGAGGAGCUGCACGUGGUCUACCGGGUCAAGGGAUGCGGCAUGAACUUUGAGUGGAACCUCUUUGAGUUCACCUUCCGCGACUGCGAGUCGCUGGCCAAGGCCUUGAAGUCCUGUAAGACCUUGAGGGUGCUGAGGAUCCACCAAAGCAAAGUGGAUGACGAGAAGUGUCGUCAGCUUGUGAACAACCUCCUGGACCACCCAUCCCUCAGGGAGCUCAACCUCUCCCACAACCUCAUCGGGGACCGGGGUGCCCGGGCCAUCGGCAAGCUGCUCAACAGGAGCAAGCUGGAGAGCCUCACUGUCUACGACAACAACAUUCGGGGGCCGGGGGCCCAGGCAAUAGCCUACGCCCUUGCCAAGAACUCCAGCCUGCUGUCCCUCAACCUGCGUCUGAACCGGCUGGGGGACGAGGGGGGCCAGGCCAUUGCCCAGGCCCUGCUGAAGAACCGCACCCUGGAAUGGCUGCACCUGGGAGGCAACGAAAUGACAGAGCCCACCGCCACGGUCCUGUCUCAAGUCCUGGUCCAGAAUAAUACGCUGAGGAGCAUCAACCUGUCCUGUAACAGACUGGGGAUAGAUGGAGGUAAAGUGUUGGAGGAGGGCAUGUCUCACAACAGCAGCAUGGUGGAGUGUGAUAUCCGCCUGACGGAGGUGGGCCAGGAGAGCGACUACUGCAUCAGCCAGGUGGUACGCAACAAUCAGAACCAAGCACACAGGAAACGCAACACCCAAGAGAUCAACACCAAGUAAACCUAGCCUAAACCCCAGAGCAUUAUUAAAUACAAAGAAGAAUAAUUAUCACAGUGAAUUAUUGUAAUGUUUGUUUGUGUCAAUUAAUCCCAUAAGGGAUGGGUUGCCAACUGGCGAUUUGACAUGAAAAUAAAAUGUCAUUCAUUCAUUCAUACAAACAUACAACCCAUUUAUGUUCACCAAAGUGCCGCUUUGUCAUAUAUUGCCGACAGGAUGCAUACUAUUUGUUUCAUAUCUGCAAAGUUGUUAAAUGUAGCGAUGUCUGUAAUGUGUUACCUCUGAAACCAGAAGUUAGCUAUAUAGGCUUCACCACUGUACCUCUGGCCCAUGGAAAAUAACACCAUAGUUUAUUAUGAUGUGAUAAAUGGGCAUGGUCCAAAGGUCAGGGAUGAAUAUGGACAUAGGCGUUAUUCUGGGAUGACUUCAGAUGUUGAGAUCUGCGCUAUGGGGCACCUUCACCUUAUGUAGCCUACUCAUUGUUUGUAUUCAUUGUUUAGUAAAUGUACAAUGUGGAGUUAUAUGUUUAAGCAAUAAGGCCCGAGAGGGUGUGGUAUAUGGCCAAUAUACCAUGGCUAAGGACUGUUCUUAGGCACAACGGGUUUUGUCACACCCGUGGUAUACGGUCUGAUAUACCACAGCUUUCAGCCAAUCAGCAUUCAGGGCUCGAACGACCCAGUUUAUAUUAGUAUAUAAAUUAGUUGGAUAUACUGGUAAACAUAGGCUUCAUAUUCUUCUACCAAAUGGGUUUCAAAGUGUGUACAUGUUAUAUGCCGUAUGUAAAAAUACACAUUAUGUUUCAACAAUUUCACAAGCUGUUUUAUUGAGUUAGCCUUUUUCCACUUUUGAUACACAGAUUUGGUUUGCGGUCAUUGUAACUGUAUUAUGCAACAUCAAGGCAACAUUGUGAUCGUGUCAAUAUACAUACAGACUUGCAGUUUUCACCUAUAUUUAUUAUUUAAUAGUCACACACUCAACCUGGGAUCCAUCUUACCUAGGCAGUACAAAACAUGUUUCCUGACUGUAGAUCUUGCUGCAAGGACCAGGAAUCUAUGACACUGAGAGAGUAAGAGAAAUGCAGGCAGAGCAAUGUUCUCAGUACGAU